GAAAAAUCAAUAAUUUGUUUUUUCCUUCGAAUUAAUCGAAUUUUUCUUUCUGAUUUUCUGACCUCAAACCCCUAAAAGCUUCGAUCGCUUUCUUCUCAUCCAAACACCCGAAUCGAGCUCAAUUUUGUGGAGAGUGAGAUAAAAAUGUUGGAAGUGGUGUGAAGAAGAAGAAGAAUAUAGAGUUGAGUUGAGUGAUGGCGGAGGAGGGGAGUUCGGAGAGGAGCGAGAUCAAUGGUGGAUUGCCGUCCAUGGAUUCCACGGAGUCGCGAUGGGUUUUCCAGGAUGAGGACGAUUCGGAGUUCGAUGUGGAUGAGGAUGACGACAAUGUGCGCCACCGGGCGACGUUGGAUUCGGAGGACGAAGAGGACGACGAUAAUGCCGAGCAGAGGUUGAUUCGGACUGGUCCCCGCGUCGAUUCCUUUGACGUUGAAGCCCUCGAGGUCCCUGGUGCUCAGCGAAACGAAUACGAGGACUUCAGUACGGGAAGGAAAAUAAUACUUGCCUUUCAAACCCUUGGGGUUGUCUUUGGUGAUGUUGGAACAAGUCCAUUGUAUACUUUCAGUGUGAUGUUUAGUAAGGCACCUAUUGAUGGGAAUGAAGAUAUUCUUGGAGCAUUAUCACUAGUUCUAUACACCUUAAUCUUGAUCCCCUUGAUCAAGUAUGUCUUAGUCGUUCUUUUGGCCAAUGAUGAUGGUGAAGGUGGUACUUUUGCAUUGUACUCAUUGAUCUGUCGGCAUGCAAAGGUCAGUCUUCUUCCAAACCAACUUCCAUCAGAUACUCGCAUAUCAAGCUUCAGGCUGAAGGUUCCCUCACCUGAGCUUGAGAGAUCUUUAAAGAUUAAAGAAAGGCUUGAGGCUUCACUGACUUUGAAAAAGCUUCUCUUGACGCUGGUUCUUGCUGGUACUUCUAUGGUGAUUGCUGAUGGCGUAGUUACACCAGCGAUGUCAGUAGUGUCAGCUGUUGGUGGUCUAAAGGUUGGAGUGGAUGCCAUUAAUCAUGAACAAGUAGUGAUGAUUUCAGUUGCCUUCAUUAUAGUAUUGUUCAGUGUACAGAAAUAUGGGACAAGUAAAGUUGGACUUGCUGUAGGUCCUGCCUUGUUUAUAUGGUUUUGUUCCCUUGCGGGCAUUGGAAUUUACAACCUUGUUAAAUAUGACAGCAGUGUCUUGAGGGCAUUUAAUCCAGUUCAUAUUUAUUACUUUUUCAAGAGGGACUCAACUAAAGCUUGGUAUUCUCUAGGAGGUUGUCUUCUUUGUGCGACAGGUUCUGAAGCAAUGUUUGCAGAUCUUUGUUAUUUUUCUGUUCGAUCAGUUCAGCUUACUUUUGUGUUUCUUGUACUGCCUUGCCUUUUAUUGGGUUAUUUGGGUCAAGCUGCAUACCUAAUGGCAAACCAGACUGGGGCUGACCAAGUUUUUUUCCAUUCAAUUCCAGAUGGUGCUUUCUGGGCUGUCUUUUUUAUUGCUAAUAUUGCUGCAUUGAUUGCCAGCCGAGCAAUGACAACAGCCACAUUUUCUUGCAUAAAACAAUCUAUGGCACUUGGUUGUUUCCCUCGUCUUAAAAUUGUUCAUACCUCUAGAAAGUUCAUGGGCCAAAUCUACAUCCCUGUCAUUAAUUGGUUCCUGUUGGUGGUUUGCUUAAUAUCUGUCUACUCUAUCUCAAACAUUGAUGAGAUUGGAAAUGCAUAUGGAAUUGCUGAGUUGGGAGUAAUGAUGAUGACAACGAUAUUAGUAACCAUUGUUAUGCUUCUUAUUUGGCAGAUCAACAUUAUCAUAGUGUUAAGUUUUAUUAUAUUUUUCCUUGGAUUGGAGUUGGUCUUUUUCUCUUCAGUUUUGUGGAGUGUGGGAGAUGGAAGUUGGAUUAUCUUGGUCUUUGCUGUAAUUAUGUUUUUAAUAAUGUCUAUCUGGAAUUAUGGGAGCAAGCUCAAGUAUGAAACUGAAGUAAAGCAAAAGCUAUCGAUGGAUUUGAUGCGGCAAUUGGGUUCCAAUCUUGGGACAAUGAGAGCUCCUGGCAUUGGCUUGCUAUAUAACGAACUGGUGAAGGGUAUACCAGCAAUAUUUGGCCAUUUUCUGACCACUCUCCCGGCAAUUCACUCAAUGGUUAUAUUUGUUUGCAUAAAGUAUGUUCCAGUUCCUGUAGUUCCUCAAAGUGAGAGAUUUCUUUUCCGUCGAGUCUGCCCAAAAGGCUUUCACAUCUUUCGUUGCAUUGCAAGGUAUGGUUACAAGGAUGUCCGCAAAGAAAAUCAUCAGACAUUUGAGCAGCUACUGAUUGAGAGCCUUGAGAAGUUCAUUCGUCGUGAAGCUCAAGAACGAUCAUUAGAGAGUGAUGGGGAUUGUGAUUCAGAUUCAGAGGAUGAGACAUCACGUUCAAGGGUUCUCAUAGCUCCCAACGGAAGUGUCUACUCACUUGGUGUUCCUCUUCUGGCUGACUUUAGAGAGACAGACAGGCCUAUCUCAGAAGCAAGCACAUCAGAAGAGGUAAUUCCAGUGCCUUCCACAGAGCCACCUUUGACAGCAGAACAGAGUCUCGAGAGGGAAUUGUCUUUUAUACACAAAGCUAAAGAAUCUGGAGUUGUUUAUCUUCUUGGUCAUGGGGAUAUCAGAGCUAGGAAGGAUUCCUGGUUCAUAAAGAAGCUGAUCAUAAAUUACUUCUAUGCUUUUUUGAGAAAAAAUUGCAGGAGGGGAAUCGCCAAUUUGAGUGUGCCCCACUCGCAUUUAAUGCAGGUUGGCAUGACAUACAUGGUUUGAUGAUCAGUUCUGCUACCAAAAUGAAAUCCACCCUUGACUAAAAUUCAUCCCAAAGUCAAAGAAAAAUUUGGGUUCAAGAGGACUUCAUGCGGUGGUGUAUUUCGGUGGUUGAUGCAGCUCAAAAAUAAAAAAGAAAAAUCAUGAAUCAACGGAAUCUCAUUGUUUGCAUUGGUUUCCUCUGGCCCUUUGGAUCCAACGAAGUUUUGUAGCAUUAUUUCUCCUGAGGCGCCAGUGUACAUUGGAUGAUGAUUGGGGUUUGUAAUUACCAUGCCAAAGAUAUGCGAGCUUACAAUUUAUCAAGACAAUAUAUCUGUUCACUCAAAUUUAUUAGCCAUCGAGAAUAAAUUGUUGACAGGCAUAUGUGUAUUGACAAAUGUACCUCACAUGACACUAUUAUUUAUGUAUAGGCAUGAAUGAUACAACAGCAUACGAGAUGACAACAA